CCUGCCCUCGCUCGCGCCCCCCUGCCCUCGCUCGCGCCCCCCUGUCCCCGCAGGCAGACGGGCAGGCAGACGGGCAGGGAGGGCAUGGGGGUGCCCGGGGCCGACAGCCCCGCCCGGGCCGGCGGCGCCCUGGUGGCCGACGUCGUCUUCGUCAUCGAGGGAACCGCCAACCUGGGCCCCUACUUCGAGGCGCUGAGGAAACAUUACCUGCUGCCCGCCAUCGAGUAUUUCAACGGAGGCCCCCCGGCAGAGACCGACUUCGGGGGAGACUAUGGGGGCACUCAGUACAGUCUGGUCGUCUUCAACACGGUGGACUGCGCCCCGGAGUCAUACGUCCAGUGCCACGCUCCCACCAGCAGCGCCUACGAGUUUGUCACCUGGCUCGAUGGGAUCCAGUUCAUGGGCGGGGGCGGCGAGAGCUGCAGCCUCAUCGCCGAGGGGCUCAGCACCGCCCUGCAGCUGUUCGACGACUUUAAGAAGAUGAGGGAGCAGAUCGGGCAAACCCACAAGGUCUGUCUCCUGAUCUGCAAUUCGCCCCCGUACCUACUCCCUGCCGUGGAGAGCACAACGUACUCGGGCUACACGACCGAGAGCCUGGUGCAGAAGAUCGGAGAGCGCGGCAUCCAUUUCUCCAUCAUCUCCCCCCGGAAGUUGCCGGCGCUGCGGCUGCUGUUUGAAAAGGCCGCGUCGCCCCCCGCCAUCCUGGAGCAGCAGGCCAAGGAUGUGAGCCAGGAUCCACGCCACAUGGUGCUGGUGCGGGGCCUGGUGCUUCCUGUUGGAGGGGGCUCGGCCACGGGUUCCCUCCCGACCAAGCAGCCGGUCCCGCUGCCCCCGGCCCCGGCCCCCGGCCCCCAGCUCUCGUCCGCUCCGGCUCAGGCGCUGCCCCCCGUUUCUCAAGCCUAUCAGGUCUCCAGCAACCUCAGUGCAGCCCAGGUGGCGGCUCAGAACGCCGUGGAGGCUGCCAAGAACCAGAAAGCUGGACUGGGCCCUCGUUUCUCCCCCAUCACUCCGCUGCAGUCGACCACCUCGGGCGUCGGGCCCCCGUUCAGCCAGGCCUCGGCCCCUCAGAUGGCUCCCGGGGCCCCCGGGGCCCCCAAGCUGCCCCCUACCGCCUCGCAGCCCAACCUGGUCUCCACGGUCACCACCGGCUCCGGCCUGGCCCCCCAGCCCCAGCCGGGGGCCCCUUCUUUGCCCACCGGCGUGGCCCCCGGAGGGGUGUCGGCCGCCCCCCAGGCCCCGAUCGGAGCCCCCCAGCUGCCCGGCGCCCAGCAGUCGGUCACCAACAAAGUCCUGGCCUGGAGUGGCGUGCUGGAGUGGCAAGAGAAGCCCAAACCGGCCUCUGUCGACGCCAACACCAAGCUGACCCGCUCCCUGCCCUGCCAGGUCUACGUCAACCCUGGCGAGAACCUGAAGACAGACCAGUGGCCCCAGAAGCUGAUCAUGCAGCUGAUUCCACAGCAACUUCUGACCACCCUGGGCCCUCUCUUCCGAAACUCCCGCAUGGUCCAGUUCCACUUCACCAACAAGGACCUGGAGUCCCUGAAGGGCCUGUACCGCAUCAUGGGCAACGGCUUCGCGGGCUGCGUGCAUUUCCCCCACACGGCCCCGUGCGAGGUGCGCGUCCUCAUGCUGCUCUACUCCUCCAAGAAGAAGAUCUUCAUGGGGCUCAUCCCCUUCGACCAGAGCGGCUUCGUCAACGGCAUCCGCCAGGUCAUCACCAACCACAAGCAGGUGCAGCAGCACAAGCUGGAGCAGCAGCAGCAACAGCGCGGGAUCGGCGGGCAGCAGGGGCCCCCCGGCCUGGCAGCCGCUGGCCAAGUCCCGCUCUUGGAGGAGCCGCAACGACCCCCGCAGAACCUGUUACAGCUCCGGGCCCAGCAGCAGCAGCAGGGAGGCGGCGGAGGAGGCGGCGGCGGGGGAGCCGGAGGGCAGCCCCCUCCCCCUCCGGGCCCCACUCCUCCCUCCGGCCCACCCCCCGUGCCGGCUCCGGCGGGGGCCCUGCUGCGCCCCCAGAACCCCGGGGCCAAUCCCCAGCUGCGCAGUCUGCUCCUGAGCCAGCCCCCGCCGCCCCAAGCCGGGCUGCCCCCCACCCAGCCGCAGCCGCAGCCCCCGCUGCACCACCUCCCGCCGGGGGCUCCCACCCUGCUGCCUCCCCCGCACCAAGGUCUGGGCCAGCCCCCCUUGCAGAUGGCGCCGGGGCCCCCUCUCCUGCACGCGCCCCCCACCCAGGCGUGGCCCGGACAGAUGGCCCCUCGGGCCCCCCUGCCAGGUCAGAUGCUCCUGAGUUCGGGACCCAGGGGUCCGGUGCCACAGCCCGGCCUGCAGCAGGUGCAGGCUCCCAGCGUCAUGGAAGAAGACAUCCUCAGGGAUUUAAUUUGAGCCCCGUCGCCCCCUCUUCUCUCUGUACAGUCCCCCCUCCCAAUAAAUUCUUUGCUCCCGGCA